AUGGUGGAGAAUCUUACACUGGAGUCCGGGGCGCAUGAUUCCAAUCAUCGAUAUCUACUGUGUGACUCUCUUCUCUAUGGAAUAUUCUUGAAGUCCAGAACUUGGGCCUAUUGCUUGGAGCCUAAACUCAAUCCGAGGGCUAUUGACAUGUUAGUCAUGCCUGCGCCACGCAAAGAUAUGAUCAAGGCAUUGGUUCAGAAGUACAGCAACAUGAGCCCAACACCAGGCUUAUCUACAUCGUGGCGCGCCGACUUUAUUGAAAACAAUGGAGAGGGUCAUAUCUUCUUGCUACAUGGCGGUCCCGGUGUUGGGAAGACAUAUACCGCCGAAUGUAUCGCGGAGUAUACGAACCGUCCUCUACUAUCUCUCACCUGUGAAGACAUUGGCACAGACGAAGUCAAGAUGGAACAGCAGCUCUCCAAGUGGUUCAGAAUGGCCGAAAAAUGGGGCCUGUCAUAUUCUGCGUCAGCAUCCUCAUCUGAGUACACCAGUAAUACUGACCCUGAAUGUACAGUGUUUCUUCGUUGUAUAGAAUAUUACCGAGAAAUCCUGUUCUUGACUACAAACCGCGUCGGGCAUUUCGACGACGCCUUCAUUUCCAGGAUCCACAUCAUCAAGUACUAUCAGCUCAGUGAAGACAAUCGCCGCCAGAUUUGGACACAGUUCGUCGACAAACUCACCAACGAGCGUCACGACUUCAUCAGCACUGGGCGAGCCAAACGAUACAUCUUGGAAGAUGAGAUCGUAAAGAGGCUGGAAUGGAACGGCCGGGAAAAUCGCAAUGGUAAGACCAGUUAA